UCCCCCUCCCCACUAGCAGGUCGCGGGAGGCGGAGGGCAGGUUUCCUAGGAAACCGCAGCAGGUGCUGUGUACACAGUAGGCCUUGGACUAGAGGUUGGUGUAGUGCCUGUUGUUGCAUGACAGAUUGAGGAGUCAGAGGGAUUCUACUUUGUCUUGAAUUGCCCGGGAAUCCAUCUUCUUUCUGGAAUAAGAUAUUAUUAUGAUCUUUAUUUUUAAUAGAAGAUGCUUGAAUGUGAAAAUCUAGACCAAGAAGACAUAAUUAAAGAACUGUGUUUAUGCAAUGGUUUGUGUUAUGAGAUUGUUGGACAAGAAGGACCAGAUAUUUCAAAACUGGAGAUGUUUUUUUCAGGGUAUCCCUGUAUAGUUGGAUUAACAUUAUUUCCUAAUUUAACAAGUCUCACAAUAGUUGCACAGGAAAUAAAAGAAAUUUCAGGAUUAGAGACUUGUUUGCAACUUAAAGAACUUUGGAUUGCAGAAUGCUGCUUACAGAAAAUUGAAGGUCUUCAAGAAUGUAGAAAUUUAGAAAAACUAUAUUUAUAUUAUAAUAAAAUUUCCAAAAUAGAAAAUUUAGAGAAAUUAUUCAGGUUGAAGGUUCUUUGGUUGAAUCACAAUAUAAUUAAAAAUAUUGAGGGCUUGCAAACAUUGAAGAAUUUAAAUGAUCUCAACCUUGCUGGAAAUCUAAUAAGCAGCAUUGGUCGAUGUCUUGAUCCCAAUGAACGGCUAGAAAUAUUAAACCUUUCCGGUAACCAGUUAUGUUCCUUCAAGGACCUCACUAACUUAACGAGGCUAUGUCAUUUAAAGGAUUUAUGUCUGAAUGAUCCUCAGUAUAAAACCAAUCCAGUUUGUCUGCUGUGUAAUUAUUCUACACAUGUGUUAUAUCACCUGCCUGGCCUCCAAAGACUUGACACGUUUGAUGUGUCAUCAAAGCAAAUCAAAGAACUGGCAGAUAGCACAGCAAUAAAAAAAAUGAUGUAUUAUAAUAUGCGUAUAAAAACUGCUCAGCGGCAUCUUAAUGAAGACCUUGUAAAACUGAAUGACCGAAAAUGUAAAUUACAGAAGUUGCCAGAAGAACGAAUAAAAUUAUUCAGCUUCAUGAAAAAAAAUUUGGAACGAGAGCUGGCUGAACUCAAGGAAUCUAGAAAAGGGAAUCAUGAUAGAUCCAGUAAUAAAAAAGUAACUGAACUUGACAGAUCAAAGAAUAUUGAACCUGUCACUGAAGAAGCAAGUCUUCAAGAGAAGAUAUUGAUCAAACUAAAUGCCUUGAAUGAAAGGGGAACAUUCUGGAACAAAAAACUAGAUGAAAUUGAAACAAUUUAUCACACUGAAGUAAAGCAAAAGAAGAAAAGUCAUGGCUUAUUGAUUCCAUUUUUGUUGAUUGAGUUGGAGACUGUAGGGAAUAUCCACUUCGAAGAAGGCACUUGUUCUGAUGACUGGUUUAAUUCCUGCUAUGAAUUAAUUCUGUCACGCUUUUGUACAUGGGAGUUCAGACCAUAUGGCAUUAUGGGAGUGAAAGUAAAACGUGUCCUUAAAGUUAACAACCGUAUUCUGAGAUUGAAAUUUGAAGAGAAAUUCCAAAAGUUUUUGGACUCGGAAGAUAUGCAUGAUUCAGAGAACUCUCGAAAGAUGCUAGAAUGCCUUUUUUAUGUUUUUGAUCCUGAAAUUACAGUGAAGAAAAAACACCUACUACAAAUACUUGAAAAAGGAUUCAAAGAUGGUGAAACAAGCAAGCUCCCUCUCAGAAAAGAAGCUGCUAUUUUAUCUAAUAGCCUAAGUAUAUGUGAAUGUCCCAGAAUUGAAUUUCUACAGCAAAAGCACAAAGAUGAAAAGAAAAACUCUGUUGAGUAUGAAUUCUUCAGACAUGGCAUCCUUCUCAUUGCAAAGGUCUUCCUCGGCCAGAGUGUUGAGGUUCAAGAACAGGACUCGAUCAGUCAAGCCAACUAUCCAACGGUUAAUUCAGUAUUUAUUCCUCGAAAAUAUUUACUAAAUUCUAUAAUAGGACAAAGGAGCUGUGAUUGCAGCAUGCGACAGUGCAAGUGGUUUGUCUUUGAUCAUGACCUUGUUUUACCAGAGUACAUCGUUGAGUUUGAGUAUAUUACACUGGUCAAGGCUCAUUCUUUAUUUUCUUCAUUCAAUAAUAUCAUAAUAGAAGAGAGUAAAAAAAAUUCAGAAGGAUCAUUAUUGUCCCAGGAUUUGAAACUUGAUGAUGAAAUUUUAAAAAUGGAUCCUAGAAUCAAGUCCAGACCAAAACUUCUUAGUUUGGAUGAUAAAACAAUACUUUCCCUUGCCAAGACUAGCAUUUACAGUCAUAUCGUGAGUCUGAAUUUACAUGGAAAUAGCUUGAGUAAAUUGAGAGAUCUCUCAAAGUUAACCGGACUUCGAAAACUUACUAUCAGCUUUAAUGAAUUUACUUGUUUAGAUGAGGUAUACCAUUUGUAUAACCUUGAAUAUCUGGACGCAAGUCAUAAUCAUGUGAUAACCCUUGAGGGAUUUAGAGGUCUUAUGAAACUAAAACACUUAGACUUGAGUUGGAAUCAACUAAAGAAAUCUGGUGAUGAAAUAAACAUGUUGUGCAAGCAUACCACAAGUCUUGUUACUCUUGAUAUUCGACAUAAUCCAUGGCAAAAGCCAGCCACGUUAAGGCUGAGUGUUGUUGGCAGAUUAAAAACUCUUACUCAUUUAGAUGGACUCCUGAUUUCUGAAGAAGAAGCAACAGCAGCUAUGAAAUUUAUUGCUGGAACAAAGAUUACUCAGUUAUCUCUCUUUCGGCAUGCUAGUAGUAAAGAGGAAAGACCACGGAUACUUAGUACAUGGCCUUCAGCCAAAAUUUUGACACAGAUUUCAAAGAUAGAACCACAUUUACAUCUAAGUGGAAACUGGCACUUAAAGAUAACUGCUUUAAAUUUUGAUGGGCAACAUCUUUUUGAAAUCACAAAUUUAGAAAAAUUGGAAAAUUUGAAAUGGGCAUCAUUCAGCAACAAUAAUCUCACCAAAAUGGAAGGCUUCGAAUCCUGUAUUAACUUGGAAGAGCUCAAUUUAGAUGGAAAUUGCAUCUCAAAGAUUGAAGGUCUCUCCAAGCUGACUAAACUAAUGCGUCUCAGCAUAAAUAAUAAUCUUCUCACUGGUUUGGAAAAACAUGCUUUUGAUAAUAUGUCUCAUCUUCACUCCCUUUCUCUUGAGAACAACAGAAUCACCUCAUUGAUUGGCUUACAGAAAAUUUAUACUCUAGUUGAAUUAUACAUAAGUAAUAACUACAUUGCUCUCAGUCAAGAGAUCAGCAACAUAAAGGGCUUAUACAACUUGGUUAUUUUAGACACACAUGGAAAUGUUAUUGUAUGGAAUCAAGAAACAUACAGGUUGUUUAUCAUAUUUCAUCUUCCAGAGCUGAAAGCCUUGGACGGAAUCUCAAUUGAAUCACCAGAGACUGAGUGUGCAAAAGAUAUAUUUGGUGGCAGACUUACUUCUGACAUGAUUACUGAACGACAAGGGCAUUCCAACUUCAAUCAAAUGGAAGAACUAAAUUGGACUUCAUCAUCCAUCAGAACUGUGGAUUUGAUUCCAGUUGACCAAUUUAGAAAUGUUUGUAAUGUGAAUUUACAGAACAAUAACCUUACCUCAUUCAGUGGAUUAAUCUAUCUGCCUAAUGUGAAGGUUUUAUGCCUGAACUAUAAUCACAUUGAAUCAAUCAUACCUAGAUUAAAACCUCAGACUCACUUAACCAAUAGACAACUACUCCACCAGAAAGUCACUUCAAGUGGCUAUGGACAGCAAGGAGCUUCAAAAAUCAACAGAGACACAACAAAUAGUGAAAAUUUGCCUCCAAUAAUGGAAAGUUUAGAAGUUCUUCAUUUGGGUUACAAUGGAAUUUGUAAUUUAAUUCAGCUACAACUUAACAGACUAAAAAAUUUAAAAUUCCUGUUUCUACAAGGAAAUGAAAUCACCCAAGUUGAAGGACUUGACAAUUUAGCAGUUCUUCAGGAACUGGUAGUGGACCAUAACCGCAUUAAAACAUUUAACGAUAGUGCUUUUGCCAAACCAAGCUCUCUGUUGACACUUCACCUGGAGGAAAACAGACUACGAGAACUCAGCAAAUUACAAGCUCUGGUAAAACUUGAGAAACUUUUCCUAGGAUAUAAUAAAAUACAGGAUAUGGCAGAACUGGAAAAACUUGAUGCUAUCUCUUCCCUCAGAGAGCUUACAGUUUAUGGCAAUCCAAUUUGCAGGAAAAUGCUACAUCGCCAUGUGAUCAUAUUUCGAAUGCCUAAUUUACAGAUGCUAGAUGGAAUUCCUGUGAAUUCAGAUGACAGAGCAAAAGCUGAAUUUCACUUUUCUGAACUACAAGCAAAGAAAAAUUCAAUUAUUCCUGUUCUCAGCUCUCCUAUGGAUAGUGGAUCAUUUGGCCAAGUGAAAGUUCCUCCCUUAAAGAUAACAAAUGUAAUUCUACCCAAUACAUUCAGUCAUUACAUGGGAUCUGACUUCAAUUUAUCUCCUGAAGCUGAAGACAAAAAAAGCAAGAACACAGGGAUGCUGGCAAAUAACCCUCGGAAUAUCCAUGCAGAAAUAGCAUUUCGACAAUUCAAAGGAAUAAAUCUCUCUCCAUCUAUGUUAUCAAAUCAGAACAUACCAUCUUCAACUGCACAAAUGUACCAGAGUAAUCAAGAUGAGGAACGGUAAAGCUAUUCUGUGUUUCAACAUCAUUUUCCAUUAAAAAGAGUUAAUGCCCAAA